AUGAGAGCUAUUUUCUUAUAUAUAGCAAUCUUUACAUUGAUUACAUUAGCUUUAGCUAAUAACUAACCUUAAGUGCCUCGAGAAGUUAAUUUUAGAGAGACAGAAACUACUAAAAACGUUGGCGAUGAUAAUGAAGAAGAUUAAUAAGAGGAUCAUAUCCAUGACGCUAAGUUUGAAAAUGGCUUUCUGCCUUUUGAACGAUCGGUUGAGAAGAUAAAUUAAGAUUUCAAUGACGAUAAAACAUAUGAAGCAUUUACAUUGUUGGACGUUUUCUAAAAAGCUGCCGCUGCUGAUAGAAUUUACUUUGAAGAUAAAAUCAGAGAGGGUUUUAAUGAGAAAGAUCUCAUUGAUGAAUUCCUAAACACAGUGAUUGCGAAAAAACUCUAAAUUGACAAGGCAAAUUUUGAAUUGAGGUACCCUCAACUGAAUAGCACUGAUGGAUGGAAUUAUUAUAUUAAUGAGCCUAAGAAAAAGUUGUUUUUUAGGAACGAGCCAGGAUUUAAAAUAGUUACGUAGUAGAUUGAAGCUAUAAUUGAAGCCCCCUAUGAAAAUAUUGUACUCUUGUUGAGAGAAGCUGAUCUUUUAAAACAUUCUGUGCCACUCUUGGCAGUAAGCGAGGUUAAAAAUGCUUAUAAACCUUGGAGGUAAUUACUUUAUCAAAGAUUCAAUGCACCUUGGCCCUUAAAAGAUAGAGAAGUCUGGGUAGAAAUUUCAGGGUACAUGCUUCCUUUUGAAGACGCAUUCGUGUUUUCAUUUGAGACAGUCUAGGAUGGUGAGAAUUGGUUUGGAACAAAAAUAAAUAAAAAUAAAAAAUCUACAGAGAUGAUCUUUAACAAAUCAUUUGGAUAUUUGAGGAUGAUCGGACCUAACCGUACCUUAUUCAAAUUUAUCAUAAAUGCAGACCCUAACCUUGAAUUCGUACCAGCGGGAAUGAUUGACUGGGGUAUUAAAACUGUUACUGGGGGUUUUCUGAACUAUCUAAUAGACUCUUGUUCAGACCCUCCUAAAAUGUACAAGGAGAGACUUUAAUCUAAAAAGGCUGAAUAUGAUUAAAUUUAUUCCUUCAUGUCAAGAAUGUCGAGAGCAUAUCGCGAUGAAGAAUGA